CGAUUUGCUACUUGCAUUCAGAUACACUGAGCAUGGUGCAACCACAUUAUUUCUGUAUAACAUCAAGAGUCGCUUGCUGUGUCGAAUAAAUAACCUUCUUUCAUUCCUUCCUUCAUUUUAGACGACUCACGACACAAUUUCACAGUCCGAAAAGCUAAUCGACCGUGACGGUGAGCGGCAACUGCCAACUGACAAUGAGCACACCUCCUUCCAGCACUACAUCAGGUGUCCCCGAAGUUCGUCUUAGCUCAUCUACCUCAUCGUCACCGCAUCCCCCAACCCGAUCCUUAUCCGGUGCAGACGAGAAUCAAUCAUUCUCCGCUCUCCCUCCAGAGCCUGUCCACAGUGUGUCAUCCCCAGGAGAUAGCACCGUCCAUCUAUCUCGUCACGAUGACUGUGCCAGGAACUCGAAUCAAAUCACAAUCAGGUCCAGUUUCUCCGCAGGUGGUGGAGGACAUGGAAGUAAGAAUAUGAGUGCGCGCACGAUUGCUAACAUACCUCGUGACUCCAUUCUUCUGUCACCGGCCAAUACAAAAUUUGAUACAUCCCCUACACCAUCUGUCAUACUUACUCAUCAUCACCAUGAUAACGGAAAGGCCUCAUCGGCCCCGACGUCACCUAUGGAGAGGGUGUCACCUCCGGCGUCUCUUGUGCCUGUGUCGUCAAGCGAACACUCAGACUUGUUUCGUUACUUGCGACGCCAGCAUCAUGAACCCCAAGGAGAUACACCGCCGAAUGGGGUACCGAGGAAAUGGUGGUCACGUUCACCUUCGAAGGAGAGAGGAAGGUCUGUCUCGCCCUCAAGAGGGAGAAGUGUCCCCUUCCUUAGAGGUAUAUUCAGAGACCCGGUAGUUUUUUCGCCCGGGUCGGACUCCAAUCUCUCGAUGCCGAAUGAUUUUACAGAACGGGAAACUCCACUUUCUUCUUCGUUGCCCAACCAUAUGUCUCUUGCUCCUUUGUCCAAUAACCUUCUCUCUUUAUCCCGUGAGGAUCUUCAAAUCCGCGAUCUCGAUGAGAAGAACUCCAGCGAUGAAGAUGGAGGGAAUGAGCAUUCGCUUUUGCUAUCCUCUCCCGAGGCUACUCCUGCCGCCCUUGUAUCGCCCACUCUCCCCGUUACUGCACACAUGUACCCGCAGACCCUCAAGUCACUAGGUAUAGGAAUUGAAGAGGGUCUGCGGAGGGAUGACAUCGAGAAUAGCUAUUGGCCGAAGCUAUUCAGGAUGUCUCCCAAGUCGUCUCCCAAGUCCCUUGGUGCCGAUUUAGGGACAAGUGGGUCCGCAAACGAGACUAAUCUGCAAGUUGAAGAGGGUCUUGUUGUCUCAAUGGAGGCUUGGGACGGAAAGUCCCUAGAUGUCCCUCCUUCGGUCAUGUCCCUUGGUGCAUCCUCACCUACGAAAGGUAAAGCACCUGGACUACCGAAUCCGGCAGUGUCUUCGACAUUACCUCGUAUGUUCUCUUAAUUUUCUGUGAUACUGGUGUCUCUAACCCCGUCAGAAAAACGCUCUAAUCCCGGGAAAGGUAAGGGGAAAGCCCAAGAUGCACCCCACAAGGAGCCUUCCACCUCUACACCGCAAGCUCAAAGUAAACACUUGGAAUCAUGGUUUGACAAGUUCACACAUCGUCAAAGUGCAAAAGAUCAGGAGAAGGAGAACAAGGAGACUGAUAGUUGGCUUCGAACGAGGGAGAAUGUAUCCUUAGCGUUGAAUGCUGUCCUUUCUACUUCUGAGCUCGCACAACUGUCAGAAACAGGAAAGGCAUUUGCGAUGGAGGGUCAUGCUGCUCGUACCACCGCUGA